AUGGGGAUGCUAGUGCCCACUGCCCUGGCUGCUAGGCUGCUGAGCCUGUUCCAGCAGCAGCUGGGCUCCCUCUGGAGUGGCCUGGCCAUUCUGUUCUGCUGGCUGAGAAUAGUCCUGGGGUGGCUAGGUUCUGGAAGGGGACAGCCACAGCCACAGGUCUUGACCGAGCCCAAGGAGACCCAGGAAGAACUAAACAGUUCUCAGCCCACAACCCCAGUGAGUGUCAACUAUCAUUUCACCAGGCAGUGCAACUACAAAUGUGGCUUCUGCUUCCACACAGCCAAGACAUCCUUCGUGCUGCCCCUGGAGGAGGCCAAGCGAGGACUGCUUCUGCUCAAGCAGGCUGGUAUGGAGAAGAUCAACUUUUCAGGAGGAGAACCCUUCCUGCAGGACAGGGGUGAAUAUGUGGGCAAGCUUGUGAGGUUCUGCAAGGAGGAACUGGCCCUGCCCUCCGUGAGCAUAGUGAGCAAUGGGAGCCUCAUCCGGGAGAAGUGGUUCAGGGACUAUGGUGACUUCUUGGACAUCCUUGCUAUCUCCUGUGACAGCUUCAAUGAGGACGUUAAUGUUCUCAUUGGCCGGGGUCAAGGAAAAAAGAACCAUGUGGAAAACCUUCAAAAGCUGAGGAAGUGGUGCAGAGAUUACAAGGUGGCUUUCAAGAUCAAUUCCGUCAUUAAUCGCUUCAACGUGGACGAAGACAUGAAUGAACACAUCAAGGAUCUGAGUCCUGUCCGCUGGAAGGUCUUCCAGUGCCUCCUAAUUGAGGGUGAGAACUCUGGUGAAGACGCCCUGAGGGAAGCUGAAAGAUUCCUUAUAACCAAUGAAGAAUUUGAAGCAUUCUUAGAACGCCACAAAGAGGUGUCCUGUUUGGUGCCCGAAUCCAACCAGAAGAUGAAAGACUCCUACCUUAUUCUGGAUGAAUAUAUGCGCUUUCUGAACUGUACUGGUGGCCGGAAGGACCCUUCCAGGUCCAUCCUGGAUGUUGGGGUAGAAGAAGCGAUAAAAUUCAGCGGAUUUGAUGAAAAGAUGUUCCUGAAGCGUGGCGGGAAGUAUGUGUGGAGCAAAGCUGACCUGAAGCUGGACUGGUGAGGCUGAGGAGACUCUGAUGAGCUCUGGAGAGGUCCAUGUGCAGCUGCCUCCACCACCUGGCCAUUUUCCAGGGAUGAAGAUCUAUCUGCUGCAUAUCCUCUGGCUGUCUGUGGUUUAUUGUUACUGAGAAUGCAGUUUGUCUGUCUGUCUGCUUGUUUCAGUUUGACUGAACUAAGAAAGGGGUAAAACCAUGCAAUGACAACCUAUAAAACAGAUAAUCUGCCUGUGUGAAGGGAGAGAGUUCAGUUCACAGAGGAGCAAGGUCCCAGAGGCCAGUGUAUUUAAUUUGUAUUUGAAUUUUUAAGGAAUUUUACUGUGAAUCCCUUGUUUCCUUUUUCCUUUGUUCCCCCCACUUGUGAAAGUGAGUUAUUUUCUGCUAAAUAUGCCAGUUUUGUCACCAGGAAACAUCACACAAUAAUGUCUUCCAAUUGCUAUUCUAUCACUGUUCUGCUUUGGAAUGCCGGACUCUUUACUCAGAAGUCUAGGGAGAAUGAAGACACACCCUAAAGAGCCAUCAGUGAGACUCUACUCAUUUGCCAAGAGCUCAUGGAAGGAAUCACUUCCAAGGAUGCCGUUUAUGGCCCCAACAUGUGAUGAUGCUUGAAAGAUGGCUGUUCUGCACGGUGCCGACGUCUCCAGGAUUCUCUACAAAAACCAAGGGACACUUUGCCUUUCGUGGUGCAGCCAUGAGGAUGGCACUUGCGAAGCUGCAUCCUCCCGGGGAUGAGGCUGCCCGAGUCCAUCAUACUAAGACAGGAGUUUGAGUAAGGUGGCCAUCAUCUCACUCUGGAAAGCAACAGUGGCGGUGGCGGUGCAUUCUGCCAA